CUGUGAUCAGAUAGAGUUGAAUUUUCGUGAAAAGCCGUUUAAAGGCGGUUGAUAACAUAUUGCCGAAAGGUGGCGGAGCGUCAAGAGCGACGCCAGUGACAUCUAUCCCCUUCGGGCGAGCAAGCGUGGCUAAUCAAGGCACCAAAAGAAAAAUGAGCAGUUCCGAGGAGGUGUCAUGGAUUUCAUGGUUUUGCGGUCUGAGGGGCAACGAAUUCUUUUGCGAGGUCGACGAAGAUUACAUUCAAGACAAGUUUAAUUUAACCGGCUUGAAUGAGCAGGUACCACAUUAUCGUCAGGCCUUGGACAUGAUUCUUGACCUUGAGCCUGAUGACGAUAUCGAAGAUAAUCCAAACCAGUCUGAUUUAAUAGAGCAAGCAGCAGAAAUGCUAUAUGGUCUUAUUCAUGCCCGUUAUAUUCUUACCAACCGAGGUAUCGCCCAAAUGAUUGAGAAGUAUCAAGCAGGUGACUUUGGUCAUUGUCCACGAGUUUAUUGUGAAUCUCAACCAAUGUUGCCGCUGGGAUUGAGUGAUGUUCCUGGUGAAGCAAUGGUAAAAAGUUACUGUCCAAAAUGUAUGGAUGUAUAUACACCCAAAAGCUCACGACACCACCACACCGACGGUGCCUACUUUGGAACAGGAUUUCCACAUAUGCUAUUCAUGGUCCAUCCUGAAUAUCGACCAAAACGUGCCACAAAUCAAUUUGUACCUAGGUUAUAUGGGUUCAAAAUUCACCCACUGGCCUAUCAAAUUCAGCAACAGUCUGCAUCGACGUUUAAAGCGCCAUUGCGAACUGUCAACUACAAUAAUGGGAAACGCUAAAGCUAUUUCGAGCAUAGCUUAGAAAAACAAACUUCUUUUCAUUACUCAAGCAACAAAUCCUAAUUUCGUCCCUAAGAUUUAAAUAAAACAUUAUUUUUUAUAUCUCUCUUCUUACGUUUGCGCAGGCAGUGACAUGUGUUUUUUCUUUGCGUAAAAUUUUGUAAUUGCAUACUGUUUCCGGAUUUGUUUGCAAUAGUUAACUAAUUGAAGGGAAAUGAGAGUGGUAUAUUACAGUUUUCUAGAACAUUGAGGUGGCCCACUCAACUUAAUUUCAAUGUUAGAAUUAACUUCCUUUUGACUCGAGAUCAUAUUUAAAUGCGCGAUACUGAACCUUGUCCACUUGAAUAAAUAUAAACCAUGUUUAGAUUAAUUACUAGGAUAUAAGGGGCAAAGACGAGAACUACAGGUAGAACGAAUUUAUACGAGUCUUUCUCAACAUCGCGACUGCUGCCAAGUAGUUCCUAAAUGCAAAAACACUCUUGUACACAUUGGUCGUUAAUUAAGGAGCGCAAAUAGCGUCAGAUCCUGAUUGAUUUUCCAAGUUGAGAGAAGAUGUAUAAAAGCAUUGUUUGUUGAACAUUAUUUAAUUCAAUCAUCGAAUAAAAUGAAUGUGAACUGUGACCGAAGGGAACUGAAUAGGCAAUUUUUAAUAAUUUUGUAUAGUUUCUGCAAUUGGGUAUAUAUUUAAAAAGUGUUAUCGCGGUUCGAUAAAUUUUAACUAUAAUUUUAGAAAAAAAAGUGAUUCACUGUUUGCUUUGUAUAGGAAUGAAGCAGAAAUUUGUACCAUAUUAUUAUCUUGAUCAUUACAAAAUGUUUUCAACGUAACGUUCAUAAGAGCAAAUACUCAUAAUAACAUGUAUUAAUAGUUUCUUCUAGGAAGAUAUUUGACAGUAUAUAUCAAAGAGUUUUGCUCCAAUGAUCAAAGAUCAAUAAUCAUAUAUGUAAAACUAAUUUUUCUGAAAAAUAGAUGGGUAACUUUGUAUGUAUUACUUAAUGAAAUAUUCGGUUUAAGGAUUCAGUAAGUCUAUUAAUUUACAAUUAAAGUUAAACUUUUUAAACGUUUUAUUAUUUUAACUACCAUUGUAUGAAACGAGAUUUUAGUCAUUUACGCGUUUCUCUGCUUUAAAUGCACAAAGACGAAUUGAGUUUAUAAAGCAUCUUAUUAAAUUUAUCUUGUAAUAUAUCCCAUUGAGAAAUCAAAACUUACACUGAUCGAACACAGUUAAAACAGUGCAUCUAAUAUCAUUCUGUUAAAGAUUUCUGAACUGGUAAAAAAAUAAAUAACCUCUGCGAUCUA